AUGCCUUCAACACGUGCCAGCGCCAAAGCCUCCACAGAGCAAGACGACCCUCUCGAGAAGGCCGAGGCUACCAAGGAAGCCAAGUCCAAGAGCAGCGAAGCCGCCACUGACGGAAUCGUUGGCGAGGAUGAGCUAGACAAGGCUAUUGGAGACAAGGGUCCCGACCCAGAGGUCACCAGUGCGGACGACGACCCGCUUGAGAAGGCGGAGGCUACGAAGGAGAAGAAGUGA